GAGGAUGUAAUCAGUCUAAUCACCAAAUGACAGAUACUAAAGCAGAUGUUACCUAACUUCCAUCCACCCAGUACAUAAUGACUGUGUUAUACUCUUUCAUAUUUCUACUGUUUGCAUUGAAGACGCUGGAGGUACAAUGUGUUGUUCGAACAUGGCAAACCAACCUGAACCUCAACAACCCCAACAACUGGUCUCCCCAUCGACUCCCGUGUCCCGCGGACAGGAUGAUCCUCCAGAGCUCUGCCCCACUGGUACUACAAUUGCCUGAGCGACAGACCUCCGUCUCUGGCAUGGUACUGGGAGAUGACGUAGAGCUUGUACUACUAAAGGAUGGAAGUGUACACCUCACACCGGCCAACCGUACAGCCAAGUGUAGCGGACAAGAUGUAAUUUUCAAACACACCCAACCUAUGAGAUGGGUCGACCCAAGCAACUGGGACCGGUGGACCCGGGCUACCCCAGAUCUAGAGCGGGUCCCUUGCACCCAGGAGGAUGUCAAAUUUACUCCCGGAUCAACCUUCAACAUUAUCACACCUCCAACCUUGAAACUUGGGAGUCUCGAAAUCAACGGAGUGAUGAUUGAUUCUUUCGACUGGUAUGAACACUCUAGUCAAGAUGAGAGCUCGUGGCAGCUUCACAAGCCAGACGGAGACGCUCCAGACCUGGUGAUCAGUGCUACCAACUGUCAGGAGGACACUUGGUGCGAGUGUCACAACGAGUACCUUCACUCCGAGAUCUGCACAGACGUGUGUCCUUUACCUCUCUGCAAACAGCCAGUCAAACCUUCUGGCUUCUGCUGCCAUAUCUGUGGUGCAUAUUUUCUCAUGAGGAGUAAAGACCAAAAGAAGCUACCACUUACAAAAGUUAUCAGUUUAUUUAUGAAAAACAAAGACAUAGCUUGGCAUGCCAGUAAAGUUGGAGAUUUUAUACAGAUAGUUCUAUUAGAAAAUGGAGAUUAUAGUGGAGAAACCUCUGCUAUUGCAGAUGAUCUGAAAUCACUGAUAGAGAAAAAUGUCAUGGGUUGGAGAGUAGAGAAGUUAUUCGUGUCAGGACACAUCUGGUAUCCUAUUUCCUUUGCUCAUGUAGCUGUACAUUUCCUCUCCUUGAUGGUGUUUGCUGCAAUCACAAUCGCUGCGAUUGUCGUGUUUUACUCCAAGAACUGGUCGUGGUCGCAGUUUUCGCCCGCAGGUGGUCGGCCAUUUGUUUUUGCUAGGUUUGAAAACCAGUCCGGGGAAGUAGUUGUGGCACAUGAGCAGAGACAAUCUCCCCCCACCCCUCCUCAGGCCUUUGACAACCCGAUGUACAGAGCUACUGGAGAGGUGCAGAGAAAUGUAACUGUUGAAAACCCUAUAUACAGUGAACUCGAAGACUUUUCUGAGAGCUGUGGUUCCGAGAAACCGGUUGAUCUUAGUCAUCCAGAACAACCUUAA